GGGAUCUGUGAACUUUAAGAUUAGAGUCCCAUUUUGAAUCUAAAUGAGCUGCACCCCCCUCAUCCCCUGCCAAAGGGUGGGCAGGUAGGCCAUUCCAAUCAAAGUUACUCUUUCUCUUAAGCAAAGGAUGAUCAAAGCAACUGACCAACUGUCACGGAAUCUGCCAGAUCUCAUUCUGGCUUGCCCCUUUUCUCCAGCUUCUGAACUUUUCCUUCCUUCAUCAUGCUUUGAGGCCAUUCCCAGCAAACUAACAGAUCCCUCACUUUUGGUUUGCAGCCAUCCUGGGCCUGCUGAGCUCUGAUCCAAGUGCCUGCCUCUGCCCCCUGGUGGCCUUAUGAUUAAACUUCAUGGAGGUAUCCUCUAACACCUCCUCCAACACUGAUCCAGGCAACUAUGUUGAAUUGAAUGAUUCAAUCACCCACAUACCCUCUAAAGUGGUGAUACAAGAUAUUACUAUGGAGCUACACUGCCCACUGUGUAAUGAUUGGUUCCGUGAUCCACUGAUGCUAAGCUGCGGCCACAACUUCUGCCAAGCCUGUAUCCAAAACUUUUGGAAGCUGCAAGCAAAGGAAACAUUCUGUCCUGAGUGUAAGAUGCUAUGUCAGUAUAGCAGGUGUACAUUCAACCUUGUACUGGAGAAGCUGGUAGAGAAGAUUAACAAGCUACCCCUACUCAAGGGCUUUCCCCAGUGCCCAGAGCAUGGAGAGAACCUGAAACUCUUCAGUAAGCCAGAUGGGAAACUGAUCUGCUUUCAAUGCAAGGAUGCUCGGUUGUCUGUGGGGCAGUCUAAGGAGUUCCUGCAAAUCUCUGAUGCUGUCCGUUUCUUCAUGGAGGAGCUUGCCAUCCAUCAGGAUCAACUGGAGACAAUCCUGAAGGAACUUCAGACCCUGAAGAAUAGGCAGAAGGAUGCUAUUGUUGCUUACAAGGAAAACAAGCUACAUCUACAGCAACAUGUGUCCCUGGAGUUUCUUAAGCUGACUCAGUUCCUGCACAGCAAAGAAAAAGACAUUUUAAAUGAGCUCCGGGAAGAGGGGAAAGCCUUGAAUGAAGAGAUGGAGCUGAAUCUGAACCAGCUUCAGGAGCAGUGUCUCCUAGCCAAGGAUAUGUUGGUGAGCAUUCAGGCACGGAUGGAAGAACAGAACUCCUUCAAUUUUCUCAAAGACAUCUCAGCUCUCUUGGAUAGCUUGCAGCAAGGAAUGAGAGCUCUGGCACCCAGAGAGCUUAUCUCCAGAAAGCUGGAUCCAGGGCAGUUCAAAGGUCCCAUCCAGUACAUGAUAUGGAGGGAAAUGCAGUCCAUUCUCUCUCCAGGCCUAUCUCCAUUAACUCUGGACCCUAAAACAGCUCACCCAAAUCUGGUGCUCUCCAAAAACCGAACCAGUGUGUGGCAUGGUGACAUUAAGCAGGUAAUGCCUGAUAAUCCAGAGAGGUUUGACUCAAGUGUGGCUGUGCUGGGCUCAAAAGCCUUUACAUCUGGAAAGUGGUACUGGGAAGUAGAAGUAGCAAAGAAGACAAAAUGGACAGUUGGAGUCGUCAGAGAAUCCAUCAUUCGGAAGGGCAGCUGUCCUCUAACUCCUGAGCAAGGAUUCUGGCUUUUAAGACAAAGGAACCAAACUGAUCUAAAGGCUCUGGAUUUACCUUCUUGCAGUCUGAAAAUGAAUAACAACCUCGACAAAGUGGGCAUAUACCUGGAUUAUGAAGGAGGGCAAGUGUCCUUCUACGAUGCUAAAACCAUGACCCACAUUUAUACCUUCAACAGCACUUUCACGGAGAAACUUUAUUCCUACUUCUGCCCCUGCCUUAAUGAUGGUGGAGAGAAUAAAGAACCAUUGCACAUCUUACAUCCACAGUAAUCAGUCAUACUAUUAUAUAAAUUCAGGGUGUUAUUAAAGAGGUAUUGAAAUAGUU